GGCCCUUCUCACUAAAUGAAAAGAAGAAAGCGACCUGACUGCAGGCUAAAGGUUCCAUUGUCUGCGUCUAUUAAGAGUCAAUACCUACGAGAUACGCAUUUUUAUUCCUUCCCGCUCCGACAUAUUCACAAACAGUUGGCGUACGGUUCCUGUGAGUUGUGUGUGUAACUGUAACCCCCUCCGUUUUCCGAACAAUACCUCCGCCGAAACCCUAAUACAACAAAGUAACCAAGAAGAAGACCACAAUAAUGAAGUACGUUUUGGUAACUGGCGGUGUAGUGAGUGGUCUUGGCAAGGGCGUUACAGCAAGUAGCAUCGGCGUUGUCCUCAAAGCAUGUGGCCUUCGUGUUACCUCUAUCAAAAUUGAUCCAUAUUUGAACACUGAUGCUGGCACCAUGUCCCCUUUUGAGCAUGGGGAGGUUUUUGUGCUUGAUGAUGGUGGAGAGGUCGAUCUGGAUUUGGGAAAUUAUGAACGUUUUUUGGAUGUGACAUUGACAAGGGACAACAACAUUACCACUGGAAAGAUAUAUCAGUCUGUUCUGGAGAAGGAAAGGAAAGGUGAUUAUCUUGGAAAAACUGUUCAGGUGGUUCCCCACAUCACUGAUGCUAUUAAGGAUUGGAUUGAGUCGGUAUCUCUGACCCCUGUGGAUGGGAAAGAUGGACCUGCAGACGUUUGUGUCAUUGAAUUGGGGGGGACUGUAGGUGAUAUUGAAUCGAUGCCCUUCAUUGAGGCUUUACGGCAGUUGUAUUUCUCAGUUGGGCAAGACAACUUUUGCCUUAUUCAUGUCAGUCUUAUACCUGUACUAGGUGUUGUCGGUGAGCAAAAAACAAAGCCUACUCAACAUAGUGUGCGGGAGCUGAGAGCAUUAGGUUUGACUCCCCAUUUUUUGGCAUGCCGGUCUGCUCAGCCUUUACUGGAGAAUACAAAACAGAAGCUUUCACAGUUUUGUCACGUUGCUGUUGCUAACAUCCUAAAUAUCCAUGAUGUUCCAAACAUUUGGCAUAUUCCGCUCCUGCUUCGGAACCAAAAUGCACAUGAUGCCGUUCUAAAGCAAUUGGAUUUGCUGAGUGUCGCAAAACCUGUUGAUUUAUGGGAAUGGACGAGAAGAGCUGAGACCUUCGACAAUCUUACCAAAACUGUUAGAAUUGCGAUGGUUGGGAAGUAUGUUGGGUUAACAGACUCUUACUUAUCUGUAGUGAAGGCCCUUUUGCAUGCAUGUAUUGCAUGUUCAUAUAAGCCAUCCAUUGACUGGAUUGCAGCAUCAGAUCUUGAAGAUGAUAGUGCUCAAUCGGCCCCAGAAGCUUAUGCAACAGCGUGGGAGACUCUAAGGGGUGCAGCAUGUGUCUUGGUUCCUGGUGGGUUUGGUGAUCGUGGUGUCAAGGGGAUGAUAUUGGCUGCAAGGUAUGCUAGGGAAAAUAACGUACCGUAUCUCGGGAUUUGUUUAGGGAUGCAGAUUUCUGUAAUUGAGUUUGCCAGAUCUGUGUUGCAUAUGGAAAAAGCAAACAGUGAAGAGUUUGACCCCCAGACACCGGACCUUGUUGUAAUUUUUAUGCCUGAGGGGUCAAAAACACAUAUGGGAAGCACCAUGAGACUUGGAUCUAGGAGAACGUUGUUCCAGACUCCUGAUUGUAUCACGUCAAAACUGUAUCACAAUUCUAAGUAUGUGGAUGAACGGCAUCGCCAUAGAUAUGAGGUCAAUCCUGAAGUUGUAGGGACUUUGGAAGAAGCUGGUCUGAGAUUUGUGGGAAGGGACGAAAGUGGAAAACGAAUGGAGAUAUUAGAGCUUCCAGGUCACCCAUUUUAUGUUGGUGUGCAAUUUCAUCCUGAAUACAAGUCAAGGCCAGGGAGACCUUCAGCUCCUUUUCUAGGUCUUAUCAUGGCAGCAACAGGACAGUUAGAAGCUUACGUCCAGACGCAGCAGAAUGGAAGCAUAUAAGCAAAACAGCAGCAGUAACUAGUUGGGUAAAUUUUUGCUCACAAGGAAAAUUGAUUUUGUGGUGUGAUCCGUUCCAAUCCUUGUCAACUGGUCGUGAGAUAAAUGUUGACGUACUGCACGUCUGCUUGUGGACCAGAGCCCCCUCGAGUAUGAAGAGCUACGUUCUAUGGUUGUCAAUCAUUUCGAAGUGAUUUAGCUAAUAACCUUCUUGUUACUUGUCAACUUUGUUGACAACAGAUAAUUUAGAGAUUUAGUUUGAAUGCUUUGGUUCUUUCUCUA